GAUACUCGGACUAACUCUCUCACCUCAGUCUGCCUCUGUCAGUUGACAUGACCGUACUGGUUUCAAAGGGCCAUGCUGGUUACCAUAUUCAGAUGAUACGCUCUGAGUUGACACUUCUAAAAUUUUAAUUAGUUUUUAGGUUUGAUUAUCCAAGAGUAUACAGCUUGUAUCGCUUCAGAAUGGAUGAAACCCUGAAAAAUGUCUUACUGUAUCAAAGAAAAGUCGAAAAAUACGCUCAAAAUAGAGAUACGGAUAAGUUGGUGUACUACCUGUCCAAGUUGAAGCACCUGCCUAUCAAAGUUCCUCACCUGGAGCAGACUGGAGUAGGGAGAUCUGUUAACUCACUGCGGCACUUUGAAGGCUCCGUGGGUGAACGUGCUAGAAGCCUUGUUGGUGUAUGGAAGAAGAUGGUGGCAGCUGAGGUGGGUGACAGUAAUGAGCACAGCUCUGCAUCAAUCAACAAAUCAAAAGAGUCAUCAAGCUCUGGAUGUUCAACUGGUGGCAGGCUGCACAAACAACACCAGCCGGCUAGUCAGAUGUCUCCUGAUGAAGAAGAUGAAGAUGAUGAGCGUUUGCAAAUUGAAGUUGACGAAGACGCCAACGGCUACACUGGUGAAAUUUCAGCAAUAUCAAAUAACAUGAAAUCUUCACUAUUACCUGAUGAAGACAUAUCACCUCGCCAUUUAUGUAACCUUGCACCUGAAAACGACUACGAUCCAUCUAGACCACAUGCAAUCCUGCCACAAAGCAAUGGCGACUCAAGUAAAUACCAAGCAGGGACGUUUUGUGAACCUUCCUUGAGUGACAGUGAUCACGGACAAGGUAAAUACAAUCCACUGACUUCUAUGCAAGAUUAUGGCAAAGUAGGUGCUGUUGCCGUCAGUAAACCAACUUAUGAACCCACUCCUGCCAACCCUUACGCUUCAGAGGAUGACAAUGAAGACCUUCCUUCUAUAGAAAUUCCGUCAUCUGCCCAUAAGAAGAGCAAACAUAAACAUACUCGCAGUAAGGAAAAAAAACACAAGAGUCAUAGCAAAGAGAAAUCCUCCAGAAGUAAACAUCACAAGUCUAAAAGUUCUGAUUCUGAAAAGGAUCGAUCACACAAGGACAAGAGAAAAGAAGAUGGAAAAAGUUCAAGCAAACGAAGUAGAGAAGCAGAGGGAACAGAAUCCAUGAUUGAAGAAUCCUUAGAUCGUAGACGUUCAAAAGUUCCUAAGCUCGUUGCAGAUGACCCAAGCUAUGAUAAUAGUUCUUUAGUGAAUAGUAGUGAUGUAAGUCCUGAUAAUAAUACCCUUGAUUGCAAUAUUGUAUAUAAUGGCUACGACUCCCUCCCAGAUUUGAAAAGUGUAAAAGAAAGUAAGCAAAGAUCGACUUCUGGUUCGAGACAUAAUCAUCAUAGUAAACACAGUAGCUCUAGUAAAGAUCGCAAGAAGAGUGAGAAGCGGAGUGGCAAGGACCAUUCGCCCAGCACGUCAUCGGCCGCUCCUAAGGAGAAAAAGUUGCACUCAGAUGAGGGUUUCGCAGCUGCCCUAUUGGGCGUUCAGUCUGAGCAAUCAACUAGCACAAAUAAGAAGUCUAAAGAGUUUCCAGAUAAGAAAGAAUCUAAAAAGGACAAAAAUCACAAGUCUAAAAGCAGUCACAAGGACAAGAAGAAGAAAUUGAGCUCUGAUACAGAUUUGCAAGCUUCCUCUCCAUCUGUAAGUCCACCACGCAAUUCUGGUGCGGCCAGCUCUUCAUACCAGGUAAACAAAGCUGCAACUUCUCCUCAGGCUGCCACUCCCGCCCCUGUAGCUGCAGCAGCUGCACUUCCCGCACUCGCUGCCAUCAAUCCCAACUAUAGACCUCUGCCCCGUGUUCCUUUACCUGAUGUUCUGGAUGACGAUAUUGAUGAAUAUCCUAUGAACGAUCAACCCUCUGACAGUCAUUAUUCAGCAGAAGAAUACGCGCGGGGCGUAAUGUCAUCAAAGAAAACUUCUAGGAGACCUGUUUACUCUGGCAAGUCAUCCGGUUUGUCUGAAGUGCCAACUCUGUUUGACAUUGCCACCCGCUGUCUACAAGAAAAUAUUGAUUCAAUUGAGUUCACGGGGGGUGUGCCGUUUGACGUUAUUAGGCCUGUUGUGGAACGUGCCACUGCGAAGCAACUCUUCAAUUUAGAACAUUACAACCCUUACUUGUUGGAGAGCACCAAUCAAAUCUGGGAGCAGCAUUGCAAGAAGGACUUCAAGAACAGAAAACCUGAAGAAAUGGAAACUUAUCGUGAUAUGUACAUACGACUGAUGGAUGAACGUGAACAAAAAUUCAAGGCCUUGAGUGAACAACUGACCCACAAGAAGGCCUCUGCGAUCGCCCAGCGACGCACAACUCAGCUCGCUUUUGUCGGUACGGUUGCUAAGCCACCCAAGAAUGUUGCUCGCGCUCAGGCAAAGUUUGGCACAGCGACGCUUGUUAGUUCUGCCAACCAGUCAAAAUCAGAUGAAAUAAAAGCUCGAAAGACGGCCAUGGCCAAUGCCCAGAGAGCCGAAAGGAGCGGCGGCGCCGGUGCCAAUGCAAGACCUGGUGCUUCAAAGAAACCUAAAGCUCCUCUCAUGGCCAAAACCAUGCAGGACUACAGAAAAACGUUUAGACGAUAAUAACUCUCGGUCGUCGUUCACGUCAUCGAGAAGCCUGGCAAUCUACUUCACUUACUUGAUGUGUGUAUAUAUUUGUGUUUUUUUGGCAAUUUAUAAAUAUUUAAUCUCUCGCCCGAGCUCUCUUAUGCAAAACUUACCUAGGUGCCAGCCUUGAAGGAAAAAGAAGAUACAUCGCUUGGCAAUUUUUGGAUUUUCCUCAUUUCUGGUUUGACGAUCUAACGUGUAGGGAAAACUAUUAAUUCGCUACUCCACGAUCAACUUGCAACUAUUUGAUAUUUGAUUUAAUAGCAACACGUUCAUACUUAUUAUUUUUUGAUCAUUUAUGGAAAUUAUCCUCAAUUGGAAUUAACUUCGGUUAGGAAAAUAAUCUAUAGAUUUGGUGUCUGGGGUGAGGGUUGUGCAACAUUAUUUUCAGAUACUACUUUUACUGUUACACUUCUGUUCUAGCAUCAGAUUUCAAUUGAACCAUAUAAUUACCAGUUCUUUUUUAGCAUUAUUUAUUGUCAUCUUACUUCUUAUUUCCCAUUUUGUGAGCUUGAAAAAAAAGGUUUCCUUGCCUACCACUCAGACUCACUGAUGCGGCGAGAUUUUGGUUGAACAUUUCUUACUACGUGUUCCUUGAGUGUGUUCUUCUAUUUUCAUUACUUUGGUAUAGUGAAAAUUAUUAUAAGCCUUUGCUGAAAAUUGCUGAAUUUUUUGUGAAUACAUCAGAGACUAUUAAAUUUCAGAUAUUUUCUUCUGUCGCUCCUGGAGCUCUCUGUUGCGGGUCAUGGCUACUCCAGUUGAAAUAUUUUUUCUUCAAUUUCACAUUCUGUUCGUCAACUUUACCUUUUGUGACCUCCAAUUUUUCGUCUUUUAAAUUCCCUGUAACAUAUUCGUCUUUUGAUUAGUGAACGUUAUUCUCAUGAAAAUUCGUGAAUUGCAUUUUUGAUGAUCAUUUCCAGCAAUAGAUACUUUUAAGUUACAAAAGUUUCCAAUUCCCGAUUUUCAAAUUAUCUAACCAUUAUUUUGGCCUUAUACUAUGUAUCCGUAAUGUUUCAAUGGUCUUUUUGAAUCUAUUUAUUCUUUUAUACUGUAAUUCUUAACCGCUUUUCAUGUAUAAUAUUUCUAACUUGCGCAUCGUUUUUUUAAGUAUAUAAAAGUCGCCUUUUAGUUCCAGAACUAUUUAAUGAGGGCAGAUGCUACUCAGCCCUUCUUAUAUUGAUUUAUUUACAACAAACCUGCUUGUUUCGCAGCUAUAGGAAGAAUCUCAGGCAUAAAUGGUAGGAUUUUUUCCGGUCAUUGCUGUGCUUUCUUAGCUCACUCCACAACUUUCUCCUCCAGUUCUACAUUGUUCUUGCCAUUUGUCCGCAUCUCUUUGAUUUAAGUUGACAUUUACUCGUGUGUUUUCAGUGUGUUAUUCAUCUAUUAAUUAUCAGACUAGUGCUUCUUAAAAGCUAUUUAUUGUGUUCGUUUCCAUGGUAAUCUCUGUACUAGUUUGACUAGAACCUGGAACUUCUUCUGAAAUUCCUUUCCUUAUUUAUACUCUUCGAAUAUCUCUGCUCUAUCAACAUAGUAAAUUUUCCAUGCCAUCUUUUACCAGUCAUUACCACUACACAGUUUCUUGAGAAUAUACAAUGGAUAUUGGAAAAAUACUUCGAAGAAAUCGAGAGCAAACAACUUUACUGGUACCUUUUAACGCUCGGUAUACGAGUUUUGAUUCAAAUCUUUGAGUUGACUUGAAAAGCUAUGAAUGAUGUUUAGCAAAGUACUUAUAAGAUAGAUAACAACGAUGUGAUCAGCUGAUAACAUGAAGUCGGUGUUCUGGCGACGAUACUUGAACUCUAGUUCUGCCCAGAUGCCCUUUGAUGGUUGUAGGGCCCGCUCCAGACAUCAGGUGAUGAACUGGAACUCGUAUUCAGCGAUCCAAUUGAUUUUUUUUUGUACGAGCAAUAUCUGUUACGUAAAUGUAGUUCGCAACCCAGACAUUUUUAUUGGUGCACAAAAAUACUUACUGACUACCGAUUUCCUUCGCUCUCGAUACGUUUGACUAAGGUUCGUUUGGUGCGAGUUACAAUCAUUUGUUCACUGCCACUGAUUUUAUUCCAGUCAAAAACGAGAAUUUUGUAAUUUCACGUUACUAAUGUCGAGUUCAUUGAUAUAGCCAUGUCAACAUGUAUUUUAACGCAAUUGAUUCAUAUUCAACUAUGUUUCUUUCUAUUAUUCUGUGACUAUUUGCUUUUAUUAAGUUCAACUUUUUGUGUGUUCACUUUACUUCUCCAUCGUUACAUUCUUCGCUAGGAACCAUAUCCAUUUGUUUCUUCUCAUAUGCUAGUUUUCUUACGUGUUAUCAGUUUAUCAAAUUUAGAAGUGAUUAUUCCGUUGUUUUCUGUGUGGGUAUCAAUUUUAAAUCAUUUAAAGCUGCGUAUUUUUAAUCUAGCUGUAAUCCAUCUCCAUUUUUUGUGCUUUGACUUCAAUAACCGCGUGAUUCGAACUUGUAUAACUAACCAAAUGCGGCCUAUAGCACUAUAUGUUUGCUGAAUUCAAUAACUAGCACCAGACGCCAUUUAUUUGUUAGGUUACAGGCCGUAAGCCGUUUGUUCUGGUUCUUGAGAUGAAGCUGUCUAGCGCCGACGAGGGAUGUGACAACUCGGAUUUUAAUUAAAUGUUACUUCUGAUACACAAAUGAAACCAUUUCGGUGGCAGAUGCUAUGAAACGGUAAAAAAUUAUAGUAUAACUGAAACAAAUGAUCAGGUGUUCUGUUUCAAUUCCUAAAUCGCAUCUGUUUUUGUUAACACUAUCUAAUCGAGUCUCAUUCAGUUCCUAAUUACGAUUGAAAAUAUCUCAGUUCCUGGUUUCUUUCGAAUCUGUUUCAAUUCCAAGCCACUGCCGAACCUGUUUCAAUUCCUAGCUGCAGCUGAAUCCUGUUUCAAGUUUCUAUUAUAUGCCAAAUACCCGUAAACGUUGCCAGUUGCGAUUUUUUUACACGAAAAUGUAACCAGAUUUUAUAACCAUUUCUGAUUUAAUUAAUUUAAUUUAAAAUUUCUUACUUAAUUGUAACAUUAAUUUGGUUGGAUAACGGUACAUUUUGUUUCACUGAUAUAGACUAUUCAUCUCAGUUUGGAAGGCUUUUUGUAUACUGGUCAAAUCGUUGAUUUACAGAAGACAUUUCUCUCUAAUACUAUAAAUGUAUUGUCUCGUGAUGUCUGUAAUCGAUCCCGUUUAGUUUAAUCAAUCUUGUAACAGAACAUUACUAACAAUAUAUUUUAUACUCUUUAUUUCUUCUAAAGCAGUGAACAUUUAGGUGGACUUUAUACAAUUUUGAUCAACGAAUUUGAUUUGAUGCUUUGAUUUAAGAACCUUACUGAUACCCUGACAACCGUUCAUGGUUUCAUGUACCGAUCAUAUAUAUAGAUGAUCUAAAAUAUAUUUUCCACGUUCACGUGGCGUGUGAACUUGAUGAUAGCAAUUGUUGCAAUUAACAAGAGUUUGGUAUGGUCUUUACAAUUAAUAUGUUUAUUAUUUAUUAACGAAAGAUGAUUUCAGCCAAGAUGUUAUCAAAGUAUGCACUUCCUCUGCCCACUGUACACAGUUGCAAAGAAAGAUGCUUUCCACGUUUCACUUUGUAUAUUUUCUAUGCCCCAAUGAAUAUCUUGCGAAUUCCUUUAUCUUUGAUUUUAUUAUGUAAAUCCGUUCAAGUCGUGAUACAACUUUAGAAUAAAAGUGCAUGAGAUUUUUGCGUGUGGGCAAACUGCUGCUCGAGACACGCUAUUUAGAUUGCGUAUGCAUAAUGCAGCUGUUUAGAAUGCUCCAUAAAUAUUUCUAAUUUCUAAAUUUCUCGUGGGUUAAGUUAUAUGAAAUUAAAUACGCUACUAAAGUUUGUACUGUAUUUAUCGCCCAUGAAUAAUUGUACAAAGAUUUUUUAUCAUUUGGUUCUAUUUGAGUAUCACCUCAGCUCAGAUCCUUAUACUCUACACUAAAUUUUUUUUUUUU